UCGCCGUCGUUCACAGACUCUUCACUCGACGGCUCCGUCUCCGCCUUUCCUGAGGAUGAGUCCCGCCCGGGCUCGCCCAGCAACGGGCAGCAUUCCCAGUUCACCGUCGAAGAUCUCAACGGGCAGGGGGCCGACACCGUGACGUGCCAGUGGGAAGAGUGCGGGGUCGUGUUCAACCACUUGCCGACGUUCAUCGACCACAUCCACAAUGAUCACAUUGGCGUGCACAAGUCGAAUUACACGUGCGAGUGGGCGUCGUGUAGCCGUCGCAGCCUCCCGCAGACGUCUCGCUUUGCCCUCAUAUCCCACAUCCGCUCCCACACGGGCGAGAAACCUUUCAUCUGCACGCGUCCAGAAUGCGACAAGUCUUUCACCCGCUCCGACGCCCUCGCGAAGCACAUGCGCCUCCAGCACAACAUCUCCCCGCCGCUCCCUGGCCGUGGAGGCAGCCGCAAGCGCAAGCGCGGCGACGAUCCUCCCGCAGCCGCCGAUGCCCCGCCUCACCCAAACGCCGCCCCGGACCCCGCGGGGUUCACGACUUUCAAGGUGGAGCCGCACACCCCGCGCGAGCCGUCCCCCGGACCUCCUGGCGGAAGCCUCGGUGCGGGUGGCUUGCGCGGAGGGCACGAAGAUCAUGGGCCGCGCUCGCCGAGCCCCGAGGAUGGCGGCGAGGACGACGGGCUGCCGGCGCACCUUGCGGAUGUGGCGGACCCCGCGACGGGGCUGAUCUUUGGGCGAUCGCCGGCGAUGGUGCGGUAUCUGGUGAUGAAGGCAAAGGAACAGUAUGCGCUGCGGGAGCAUUAUGCGCUGAUCGAGGAACUGCGGACGCUGAGGGCGCAGGAGAGGGCGUGGAGGGAGGCGAAGGACGUUGCGCUGGACGAUGUGCUUAGGGCGGAAGUCGGG